AGUUAUUAGUUAGGUAGAACACAGGUGCUGCUAUGUACAUAAUAUGCUGGAGUCUCAAUCAAUUUAUAAAUACCUGUAUUGUACAUUGUGCAUCAGUUGUUUUGUGACCGGAAUUAUUACUGAAGAAAUAAGAAACCUCACAUGUGGCGACUCCCCACAAUCCUUAUCCAUAUAUUUUAAACAUCACAGCAAGAAAGUGAGAUGCCCAGCUGAAUGUAACCUUGAUAAAUGUAGGGUGACAGGAACCCACACAUACACUUCGUAUUCAAGUAUAUGUUGUGCUGGUAUCCACGAUGGAAUAAUUUACUCAGAUGAAGGGGGUUUAUUGAACGUUCAUAUCAAUCCCUCCGGUGGCAGGAAUUAUGCAGGAACAACAAGUAACGGGGUGAAGUCGCAUUCCAAAAUAUCUUGGUUUUCUGAGUUUACUCUGACAGCUGAAAAAAAUAGUUUGGUUCAAAAUUUGAUUGAACUGAAGACAACAACAGCAGCAAAAACAAGCACAACAACAACAGCAGUUCCUACAACAACAACUACAACACCAACAACAACGACAACAACAACAGUUCCAACUACAACCACUACAACAGUACCUACAAUAACAACUACAGUGACAAAAACUACAAAAUACACAACAACAACAAUUGUACCUACAGCAACAACACUAGACACAAGAAAUAGACCAACUACAAAAGCACUACCCAAAACAUUAUCUACAACUACCCCACACACCACUACCACAACACCUGCGUUGAUAAACAGCAUCAUUUUAAACCCACUUAGACAGAACAACACAGAGUUAUUACAGAAGAUUAAUAAGCCUGUAAAAGACGACACUGUAAAUUUUAAAACUGAUACCACUGAGAUAAAUGAAAGUUUUGUAGCAGGAAUAUCAUUUCAUCAAAAGUUAAUACUUUGUAUCUCUGCUGUGUUUGUUUUUGCUGCAGUUGUUUUGCUUGUGUUAAUAAAAAGAAGGCACAGAAUAAGGCGGCGCAUGCAACCAGAGCCUUGUGUUUGUUAUGUUAGUAUAGACACUUCCAAGCAAGGUUUAUUAAAUGAUCCCGAAACUUGUGAUCGUGAUUGUGUAGUUCGUGAAAAACUUUGUCACGAUUGUGAUGCUGAAUGUAAUGCUUCAGCUUACAGCUUUUAAAAGUUCCCGUUUUUUUUUCAAGAUGUUCCCUUUGUAUUUGUGUGUAAGCUUGUGUGUCAGUUGCUAUAAUGGUGAUGCUUGGAACAUCUGUAUUACUUAAGAAUGAAUCUUUUUACUUUUUGUGUGUUAACAAUUAUAAUACUUUUUCAAUUUUUUUGAAACUGAUUGUUUAACAGACAAAUUGUAAAAUGUAAUUUCUUAAUUUAUGACAACAUAAUGAAGUUAUGAUGUCACAGAUGUAUUAAUUACAUCACUGCAGAUAAGUUAGGCAAACCUUUAGAUAAAUGCACCCUAAAUUUUUAGUCAAAUUUGAACUUUUUAUGCAAAAAAUGUCAAAAUAUUAUGUUUUCUACCUGUUGCCUCGUAGAUAGAUAUUGGAUACCUACCAAAGUUCCUACUUUUAUUUAAAUUUGUUUUGAAAACCCGAAAUGUAAAUAUUCAAUCCGCCUUCUUCUUGAUGCAUUUACUCCAUUUUACAAAAACUUGUAACAUUUACUCUCCCUUGAAACGAUACACUGUGUAAAAAAAACUACCAUGUUGCAAAAAAAUGGCUAAAAACACAAUCUAUCUAACACUAAACUCAACUUUUGUAUAAUUUCCAACUAAAUAAAGACCAAUUUUAAAUUU